GAUCUGGAAAUGAGGGAUACCGGAGAGCCCCAUCAGAGACUCUUGCAACUUUGCCAGGACAUUAUUCGAUACAGCGUCAAAACUAUCCUUAUUGUAAAAUGAGAGUAUCAUACCUGCCAAGCCACCUGGAUCCUCACAGUGAUCAGAUGGAUUUCUGAGAGGGACUAAAAUCUGUAUGAUGACAUUAAAAAACCCUGCGAGGGAUUACCAUUGAUGUUAAUGGGAGACUCUGCUAUUCUAAAGUCUCCUGAAAGACGCCUUUGGCCUCUAGACAGAUCAUCCAAGAUUUUUCAAUCAGUUGUAUGCUGGUAUUGAUUAUUACUCUUUAGUGGCUCGUUUCAUUACAGAAGCAUUAAACCCAAGUGUAUAUACAUAUGAGGUGUCCCCCGUGUUUUUGUUAGUGGAAGAAGCAGUCCUGAAGAGAAUGAUUGAAUUCAUAGGCUGGAAAGAAGGUGAUGGCAUAUUUAAUCCAGGUGGCUCUGUUUCUAAUAUGUAUGCUAUGAACUUAGCUAGGUAUAAAUAUUGUCCUGACAUAAAGGAAAAGGGGCUUUCAGGGCUGCCAAGACUGGUCCUCUUUACAUCAGAAGAGUGUCAUUACUCCAUGAACAAAGCAGCUUCUUUCCUGGGCAUUGGCACACAGAAUGUUUACUUCAUCACAACAGAUGAAAGAGGUAAGAUGAUACCUGAGGAACUGGAGAAACAAGUCCAGCGGGCCAGGAAAGAGGGGGCAGCACCAUUUCUUGUCUGUGCCACAGCUGGUACAACUGUGUUGGGAGCAUUUGAUCCUCUGGAUAAAAUAGCUGAUAUCUGUGAAAAACAUGGUCUUUGGCUGCAUGUGGAUGCAUCUUGGGGUGGCUCAGCUUUGAUGUCAAGGAAGCAUCGUAAGCUUCUGCAUGGCAUUCACAGGGCUGAUUCUGUUGCCUGGAAUCCCCAUAAAAUGCUGAUGGCAGGAAUCCAGUGCUGUGCUCUUCUGGUGAAAGACAACUCUGACCUGCUUAAGAAAUGCUACUCUGCCAAGGCCUCCUACCUUUUCCAGCAGGACAAGUUCUAUGAUGUCAGCUACGACACAGGAGACAAGUCUAUCCAGUGUAGCCGACGACCGGAUGCAUUUAAAUUCUGGAUGACGUGGAAGGCAUUGGGAACUACAGGACUUGAGGAACGAGUAAACAGAGCCCUUGCCUUAGCUAGAUACCUAGUAGAUGAAAUUAAGAAAAGAGAAGGAUUCCAGCUUCUGUUGGAGCCAGAGUAUACGAACAUUUGCUUUUGGUACAUUCCAUCAAGCUUAAGAAAAAUGGAGGAAGGACCUGAGUUCUGGGAGAAGCUCCAUCAGGUUGCUCCUGUAAUUAAAGAGAGAAUGAUGAAGAAAGGCAGCAUGAUGUUAGGGUACCAACCCCAUCGUGGCAAAGUCAACUUCUUUCGCCAGGUAGUGAUCAGUCCCCAGGUGAGCCGUGAGGACAUGGACUUCCUGCUGGACGAGAUCGACUUGCUUGGCAGAGACUUGUAGCUGUAGUUCAACAGCACCAGGCGCUGCUUAUAUGCAUGAUGUUUACAGAUCAAGAAUAGCAGCUGCGUAAAUGGCACCAUCACUACUGUUCUGAGAAGGUGAUGUUUCUGAGAAUGACCUCCUAUAUGCUAAUAAGGCAGGUAUUUGGCAGGUACCAGUGGACAGACUGGGCCAGAUUGGCUGCUGACAUAAGUGGGCAUGACAUCAUUAACUUCAGUGGAGUCAUGCCUGCUUAUGUCAGCCAUGAAUUUAGCUCAGUGAGUAUUAAAAUCAAAGCACAUCUCUAAUACGUUAAUAUUUUAGCCUGGCAUGCAUUUAAGGAUAAAGGCCCAGUUGGUGAUUGAACUAGUGGGUCCUGUGGCUCUCUUAAUGAAAGCCCCUAAACCAGAAAAUUGCCCCGCACAAAAUGGGCCCAAUCAGCGUUUGCCCACCCAUAAACCUACCAUGAUUUUAGCAGAGCUGAGAAUGUUGGAAUGGAGAUAGUAUCAUUUUUUUAACUUUUUGUCAACAGGAGAUAUGAACAGGAGAUGUUAGUGUAAACAUUUCUUUAGCAGCUUUAGACGCACGAUAAAAUUUUAAUCAAAAAGUUAGAAAAAUAUAUUUAUCUUAAAGGGGUGUGUUUUAUAUGCAGGGUAGCUAUUCAUUAAGAAUUGAUGUAACAAAGCAUUGUAUUUAUCAUGGUUCCUUAUGAUAGUCCUACAGAUUUUAAAACCGCUAGCUCUCGUGUGAUCAGUGUGUAAUUCUUUUUUGGCGUUAAACUUAAGCUGCUGUAUAAGUUAAAAUUUGUCUGUGAUUUUAGCAUAUGAACAUUGUUAAAAAAUAAGUGAAAUACCAAAAUUAAAUUCUAAACUUUAUAGUUAUUCAGAAUUACAUUAUAUUUAGACAAAUAAUUUUGUGAGUGGUCUAGUUUAAUUUUUUCUAUCUAUAAAAUGAUUCUUUCAAUCAUAAAAACAGAAAUCAUAAAUGUAUCUUUCGGUGGGAGUUCUAGCAGUAAAUUUAAGGAAAUGGCCACAUUUUUCACUUCUAACUUGUGACACUAACUUACUUUGAUGUUUUAUUCUUUGUUCCAUAAUCUGUCUUUGAGGAAGCACUGACCAAUAUGAACUUUUUUGUUGUAAUGUAUCUGUAUUGUUGAAAGCUGUCUUUAAAUACAGUGCUGGAUGUUUUCAUUUAAUGUAUUGUGGUAGUAUCCAGUAUUGUAGAACAUUCCCGUUUUCAGUCUCCAAGAUACCAGUGUGGAAAGUUCGCCAGUAUCAGUCACACUGUCAGAGCAGUAGAUGGGAACAAGAGCUUGAUAGACCUCUGCAGAGUAUACUGGGAAUGGAUACUUUUGAGCCACGGUACACCAUUAAUAUUAUUGGGGAGUUCUUGAUAAAAGUCAUUGGCAUAACAUAACCCUUUGGUUUUGCCCUGUAAUACUUACUGGUUCACAUCAUCAAACACUACCUAUGAUUAAGGCUCCAUGUUUGUCACGGAGGUCACGUGACCUCCAUGACUUCUGCAGCAGCUGGUGUGCCCGGCCCGGGGGCUGCCCGAGAUGCUUAGGCAGCCCCCGGGCCAGGCGCACUGACGGCUGCUGGGGCAGUCUUGGGCCCCCCCUGCCCUCCAGCAGCAGGAGUUUGGGUGCUUACCUAGAGGGGGG